AUGUACAACGUCCACAAGCAGUUCUCUCCACAACUCAUGACUUGCCUUGGAGCUGGUGUCCUACUCAGGUCUCUCAUUCUCACAUUCCCAAUGAUAUUGCUCAUCAAAUGUCGCCUUAAGUACUACAGAACUACCAUUAUCUCCCACUCUUACUGUGAACACAUGGCCAUUGUGAAAUUGGCAGCUCAAGAUAUCAGAAUCAACAAGAUAUGUGGCCUCCUUGUUGCCUUUGCCAUCUUAGGGUUUGACAUAGUCUUUAUUACCUUCUCCUAUGUGCGAAUCUUCAUCACGGUCUUCCAGCUGCCCCAGAAGGAGGCUAGAUUCAAAGCCUUCAAUACCUGCAUUGCUCACAUCUGUGUCUUCCUGCAGUUCUAUCUUUUGGCCUUCUUCUCUUUCUUCACACACAGGUUUGGGGCUCACAUACCCCCCUACGUGCACAUCCUCCUGUCAGACCUUUACCUGUUAGUCCCACCUUUUCUGAACCCCAUUGUUUAUGGUGUUAAAACUAAACAAAUCCGUGACCAAGUCCUGAAAAUGCUGUUCUCCAAGAAACCCCUGUGA